CACUAUUACACACUCGAACAAAAUUACGAAACUCUAAAAACUUUUAAAAUUACAUUGAGCCCAAAUAUAAAAAUAAUAAUAAUAGUAAAAUACAGCAGCUGUAUAAUUCCCUUACGUCCUUUGUGACCUCAAUAAGUGACCUUAGGGACAACUCCCACCAAUAAAGAGAUACUUUUUAAAUUUUAAAACCCAAUGCUUGUGUCAUACGUCGUUUAUUAGUUAUUUUAUAACCAAACGAUACGUUGUAUGUUAUAUCCCACAGUACAAAGUGGGAUUCAUUAUAUAUAAAUGUUAUCUACGCGAGAGUUGUUCACGUCUUAUAUACAUACGUAUAUAUAUAUUUUUUUUCUCUCAACACUUAUAAGUCUUGAGUCAACAGUUUGAUAGCUCUAUCAAGUUUAUUAAUUUUAUUUAGUGAUACUAGUUACCAAGUGACAAACAAAAUAUUGUUUUUAAAACAAUAACUGUUGUAAUUCUUAGUGGAUAAAUAUUGUAAUUAAUAAUAGUGCGACAUUUGCGAUGGCGAUGAUAACUACGCGAGUUAGAAAAAUAUCAAAAAGUUUGUUGAAACAAUCGUCAAUUGUGUAUCAACGGAGAAUUACGAAAUGUACGGGUAAUAAUAACGAACACUUACAAGUCGACGACCUUGUUAUACCCAAGCAAGAGGUCAUCCGGUUUAUCGGUGAGAGUAUGCAUAAAGUAGGCGCCAUUCAAGAGGACGCUCAAGUCGUCGCACAUCAUUUGAUGACCGCCGAUUACCGCGGACACUUUAGUCAUGGAAUGAAUCGCUUGCAGAUGUAUAUCAAUGAUAUUGAAAACAAACUCACCAGUCCGACUGUCAAGCCGCAAAUUGUUAAUGAUUUUCAGGCAAUAGCAUUAGUUGAUGGUAAGAACGGCCUGGGUCAAGUGAUCGGUAAAUUCAGUAUGGAACUGGCGAUAAAAAAGGCCGAAAAAUACGGAAUCGGUAUGGUAUCAACCCGAGGAUCAAAUCACUACGGAAUUUGUGGCUACUACACUUUAAUGGCAAUGGAGAAAAAUCUUAUAGGAUUCAGUUGUACGAAUUCAAGUCCCCUCAUGGUCCCAACAAGAGCGACAGCUGCCGCACUUGGCACUAACCCGCUAUCUAUUGGGAUGCGCGGGCACAAUGACGAGUUCGUACUUGACAUGGCGACCACUGCAGUAGCAUUGGGUAAAAUAGAAGUGGCAUUAAACAAAGAACAAAGUAUUCCCCGUGGAUGGGCAUUGGGUAGAGAUGGAAAGAUAACAACAGACUCUGCUGAAGCCAUAGAAAGUUCUAAAUUAAUGCCACUGGGUGGCGCUGAAGAGCACUCUGGUUACAAAGGUUAUGGACUUGGAGUGAUGGUCGAGUUGCUCUGUGGAAUUUUAAGCGGAAGCUUUUAUGGUCCGAACAUCAGAAGUUGGAAAGACAGCAAUAGAACUGCUAAUUUGGGCCACUGUUUUAUGGCCAUCGAUCCGAGAGCUUUUGGAUCCGGGGCAGAAAAUCGUUUGAGUCACCUUCUGGGUCAGCUGAGGGCGCUGCCGGUUAAUGAAGAAAGUGAUAGUGUCUUAGUUGCUGGGGAUAUGGAGAGAAAAGCUAUGGCUAAAGUUGACAAUUCUGGUGGAAUUGAGUAUCAUAAAAAUCAAAUUAAAAUUUGCAAUGAUAUUGCAGAUCGUUUAGAUAUUGGACGGAUGGAAUUUAUUAAAAAAAAAAAUUAUGAUUGAUUUAUUAUUUAUUGAAGUACACGGAGAGAAAUGACAAGUAAAUAUGUCUAUGCAACAUAGUAAAGGUCACAUUACUCUAUAAUUUGUGUCACGGCGCUCUUAUGUAACUGCUUAUACAAACUAUAGAGUAAUGUAACCUUUAUUAUGCUGUAUAGGAAGAUUUACUUCACAUUUCUCUCCAUGUAGAUAAUUUUAGUCUGAUUUAAUUAAAUCGGGGAUUUAGAUAUAAAUUAGCAAAUUUAAAUUAUUUUUAAUUAAAUUUACAGGGAAAUGAGGUAAAAUGGACACCAAAUGAAUAUUUAUGUUAGUUGACCACAAAAUGGCCGUUUACCGACAGUUGUAAUGGUCUACAAAAAUUAGAAUUUAUUUUUUUUCAGUUUAUUUUUUCCUAUUGUCGUUUAAAUAAAAAAUGUACAGUGCGCACUUUAAAACCGAAUUGAAACCAUUUUCAAAAAAUUUCUAUAGGAAUUUAUGAGAUUUUCUAAACAUGGAAAAAACACAUUUUACGUUGUUGAAUAUCUAUAGUUUGCUUAUGUUUUAAUGUUGUUUGGAAAGAACGUUAAUUUGAACUGGACGCUUGGUUUUAAAGUGAAGGUCGCAAAGUGCUCACUUCACUAGGCCGGUAAGGUAGGUCUCCGGUAAUCGGCUUCUUACGGAACGCCAUCUAACGCUCAAAAAUUAAACUUUCAGACCAAGUGUAGAAAAAAUGUUUUGUGGAAUUAUGAAGAAAUUGAAAAAGUCAUUUUUUGGUACAUCUCGAAAAAAUCAUAAACUAUUUUUAUAAAAAUUAAUGUUAAUUCAAAAAUUAAUUUUAUAAUAUUUUCUAUAUACUUUUUUUUUGACAAUAGAUUACGCAGAAAUUCAGAUAAAAUGAGUUUGCAAAAAUAACUCAAGGCUUAUAAUAGACUCAAAAUUUCGAAAAAAAAAUUCAAAGUUAUAGUUGUACACCUCCAUUAAUUCACGUUCAUCAUCUCUACACCCGUUUGAUUGCAUUAAAAUGAGUUAAAUUGUAAAUUAGUACCAAGAUAAUUUAUUAAGUAAUAAUUCCGAUCCGGUAUUGAGUCGAUUCAUUACUCCAUUGAUUUAAAAUAAAUUAUUCUAAUCCAAAAAAGUGCUGUUAAUUAUCAUGUACGCAUUUUCGGAACCACAAUAACUUUCGAAAAAUAUAAUAAAUUGGUAUAAUCUUUUUUUAAUAGCUUUAUAUCUUUUGUCGCAAGAGCCCCAUGAAAAAUCACUAUCUACAUCCUUUUUGUUUAAUUGUAAUUAAUGAAAAACUUAAAACCGGUAAUUCAUAAAAAUUAAGUUGCCAUUUUUUAUUUUUUUUUUCCUCCACCAACUACUGGCAGCAGCACUAGUGACAGUAGAAUUAAAAAAUAAAAAGCGGCAUCUAAGAAAAAAAGGCGGGAUAUUUAAAAAAAUUUUAACUGAAAAAAUAAAAGUAAAAAAAAUCAAUUAAUUAGUUAAAAGUUAAACAAUAAUUAAUGAAAAAAUAAAAUAUUAAUAAUUAUCAUGAGUGACUGAGGUGUGCACUUGGAUUUCCCAAGAUUUCCUUUAUAUAUUUUAAUCAUAAAUAAAAAUAAUGUUUAUUUUAGCUGUCAAGUGUAUUAUUAAAAAUAUAUUUUUAUAUUUCCAAUAUAUAUUUAACGCGUAGUAUAUGAAAACACAACUAGCUGAUAAUCUAGUUACAAAAUUUACAUAAAGUUUAAAACUAAAAACAUACAAGACAAAUAUGUAAAGAUAAAUAUAUACAUAAGAGUAAGACAAUAAAAGCGUAAAUAAUUAAAAGAUAGUGAUAAUUUGAAGGUCAUAGUAAUAUUUAAAAAAUAUGUAAUCAAACAAAAAUAUGAAGAAUAUAUGAAUAUUUUGAAUAAA